AUGCCAACCAAGAGUCGUCCCAUUCGAACACCGGCUUCACCAAAUCCCCCAAGACCUAUACGAGCAAUGCGACCAAAUCAAUCUAAUCAAGGUUCUCGCAAGCGUUUGCGUAGGAUCUCAAAUGUGGAAGAUGAUGACCACUACGAACCUUCUGACGAUAGUGAUUCGUCAGAUGACACCGAUGUCGACCUCAAUCCCCCUGCAACUUCAACCAGAAAUAAUCGACGUCAAACACAAAUUCAUACUGUUGACGAUGACCUUUUAGAGCGACUCUCGAGACAAAUCACCCCUGAAGCAACGAAUCCACGUGAUCCUUUGCCCAAUAUUCCCGAUAUCAACCAGGAUGACUCUGCAGUUGAAGACUUAGAUAACCUACCAAGUGUUACAAACUAUAAGUCAGUAAUUGAUGAAUGGCCUCUUCCACGGAUUGCUGUGGUGGAUCGACAACAAAAGAAAAAGCAAAAUGUAGUACCACCUCAAAUUCUGACGGAAGCUCAAGCCAUUCAAACACUUUACAAACAACAAAAGUCGUUGCUUGCAAUAAUGGGCAAUGUUAGUAUGUUUACUCUUGAUAAAGCUCUAGGGGAGCUUGGAGGUCGCCGCAGGCCAAGUGGUUACCAAAUAUUCCUGAAGUAUAGCAAUGAGAUCCGACCAGAGCGCAUGCCGAAAAAGGGCGGUGAGAAAGGUAUUUUAGCCAACCGAAAUCGCAUACUAGGAGCAAAAUGGACGGCACUCCCACUUCGACAUCGAGAAGUGUUUUCACCCCCCGUAUUUUAUGCGCUCUCUGGCCUCACGUACUCUAAAGCAGUGAGUAAGGACAAUGAAGACAUGGAUGAUUCCGAGGAUGAAGCCGAAGUCCAAGAGGCCAUUCAAACUUUCGAAUUCGAGCCAGGUGAACGUGCUGAGUUCGAAGCUUUGUAUGAUGAGCUUGUUUGGAAAGCCAAAGUGGCGAAAGAGUAUAGCAAAUUGGUCUCUGGGAAAUCUCAAGGUCCAACUCUUCCAGAUUUUAACCGGCAGUCCCUCAAAUGUAUUGAGCGGCUCCACAAUCAGAUUGAAGACGAAUCAAAAAACAUGGGAUUUAGUUACUAUCUCUUAGCCUGUAGCACAUAUGCUUCAUCCGAAGUAGAUACCUCUUCACGGGGAUGGUGUAAGGAGUACACAUCGCAUGAUGAUAUGGCCACAUAUGUUAAUAAAAAAUGUAACUUUGCGACACUAUUUGGAGCAACUGCACAAGGACUAUCUGUAGCUGAGAUAGUUGCCGAAACUAUUGGAGGACACAUGAAGAAUAAACAAAGCGCGAGAAAAGCUGAUGCAGGUGAUGUAGUGAAGUCAAAGCUUGCGGGAACCUUACGAAGCAAACUAUCGGCUUUACUGGGACGUGAUCAAGGCUUUCCCCAUGGCCCAGACCCCGAAGCCAUUUUCAAAGCAAGAGGUUACAACAUCAAAAUUGUACAAUUACCAGGUUCCACACUUCCACAAAAAACUUUGAAGCUAAGCUUUGCUCGAAUGAAUAGAAGUCGCUCCCUAUGGCUGGAUGAUAUUAAUGCUGACCUUUUUAAGUUGGAGAAGAUCCCAUCCAAUGUGAAUGUCGGUGGACUCAAUGAAAAUGAGGAUGAGUUUGAUGAAGAAGUUAUCAACACGCAGAUUUCACAGGACAUAGAUGAGGAGGAAGAAUGGAAUGGCUUAGGAUUUUGA